UGAUUGAGCAAAAGGAAACGGCGAAGGGAUGCAAGCACCCUGGAACCCUUCUAUUUUGCACUGACUUCCACGGCUCGCCUCGCUUCCCCAUCCCACUCUCUGUCCCUCCGGCGAGUGGCGGCGGCAGAGACGGAGGCCGAGUGAGCAGUACAACGCCGCCGACACCAAUCACGAGGGUAUAUCAACUACAAGUAGAGGGAGGCCAAGCACGAAACCAUCAAAGCUGACCAACUGAGCGCCCGCCGCAAUGCUCUCGCGCGCCGCCGCCAUCCGUCGCGGCGCUGCGGCGGCGUUCUCCACAGUCUCGGAGAAACCGGAGACGGGGCUAUACGGCUUCGACGUGCUUCGCACGGCGAAGGGGUUCCGCCGCUUCGUGGACGACGCCAUCCAUCGGUCGGACGAACUCGUGGCACGCGUCGCGCGGCUGCCGUCGUCCACCGAGAUAGUGCGGACCAUGGACGAGAUUUCCAAUACAGUUUGUUCUGUCAUUGAUUCGGCCGAGCUGUGCAGGAAUACACACCCUGAUAGGGAGUUUGUGGAUGAGGCAGAUAAGGCGUCGAUGAGGAUUUAUGAGCAUCUUCAGGUGAGCUUGGCAUUGAACAUGGCUUGAUAAAUGAUGUGGACUUGGACUGUUAUCUGUAUUAGUGGCGUAAACAAUCAACAUCUCUGCAUGUACCUGAAUACAAACACUACUUUGUACAAUGCUGUACUGAAAGCUGAGGGUGAAAGUGUCCUGCUCACAGAGGAAGCUCGAAGGGCAGCAACUACCUUGCAUAUUGACUUUCAAAAAGGAGGGAUUCAUCUUCCUAAAGAUAAACUUGAGAAUGCUAAUCAGCUGAACCUUGAGAUUGCCCAGCUGGGUAGAAAGUUCAAUGAAAAUGUAAUGAACAAGCCAGGUUUUGUGGAUGUAUAUCCAGCUUCACGAAUAACAAGGAAUAUACAGCAUCAUUUCGAGUCUGUUUCCCGUUUUAAUACUAGCAAACUGAUGAACACUGAGAAGCAAAAAGGCCUAAGGAUUGUAACAGAACCAAGAAAUCUGUCAUCAGCACUAAGAUGGAUUUCUGAUGAGGAAGUCAGAAAACAGGUAUAUAUCGUUGGGAACUCUGAACCUCGUGAAAAUAUUGGCGUUCUUAAUGAACUUAUACAUGCUCGUGAUGAACUUGCAAAGAUUAUGGGAUGCAAAUCUUAUGCUGAAUUUGCUAUUCGUCCUAACAUGGCCGCGUCAGCCGAUGUGGUUAUGUCAUUUCUUGAAAAUUUGAGCAACACUGUUAAGCAUAAAGCUGAAGAGGAAUUUAAGACCAUACAUAAUUUCAAGAGAAGAACAUGUAAUGAAAAGAGUGCCGAUCUAGAACCCUGGGAUGAGGAUUACUUCAUUGGAAUGAUGAAAUCAUCUGUAUAUGACCUGGACGCUUCAGUUAUUGCAAAAUACUUUCCCUUGUCGCAGUGCCUAAAAGGGUUAAAUGUUCUCGUUGAAUCAUUAUUUGGUGCAACAUUUCAUCAAAUUCCUAUGAGGGAUGGGGAGUCAUGGCAUCCAGAUGUGAUAAAGCUCCGUCUCCAUCAUCCUGAUGAGGGUGAUUUAGGAUUCAUGUAUCUGGACCUCUACUCCAGAAAGGGGAAACAUCCAGGAUGCGCACAUUUUGCUAUCCAAGGGGGGCGGAGAUUAUCAGACUCAAACUACCAAUUGCCGAUCAUUGCCUUAAUAUGCAACUUCUCAGGUGCUUGUAGAAAAACUGCAAGGCUUAACCAUGGGGAUGUUGAAACUCUUUUUCAUGAGUUUGGGCAUGCCCUUCACUCUCUGUUGUCAAGAACGGAAUAUCAGCAUUUCUCUGGUACUAGGGUUGCUCUUGAUGUGGCUGAAACCCCCUCAAACCUAUUUGAAUAUUAUGCCUGGGACUAUCGUGUCUUGAAGACAUUUGCUCUAGAUGAAACAACUGGAGAUGCAAUACCAGAAAAGCUGGUAAAGGCACUAAAUGCUUCUCGGAACAUGUUUCCUGCUACUGAGCUCCAGAGGCAGAUCUUCUACUCUAUAAUGGACCUAACCUUGUUUGGCGAGCAAUCAUCCAAGCCUAUGGACACGAUUUCCACUGUUGCCGAUUUGAGAAGGAAGCAUACAAGUGGGAAAUACGCAGAAGGCACACACUGGCAUACACGAUUUACUCAUCUCGUAACCUACGGUGCUGGCUACUAUACCUAUCUAUAUGCUAGAUGUUUUGCCACAACUAUAUGGCAAGAAGUAUGCCAAGAAGACCCGUUGUCCCGCAGUGCAGGCAGUGCCAUCAGGGACAAAUUCUUGCGGUUCGGCGGGUCAAAGGACCCAUCAUCCCUGCUGAAGGAUUUUGCAGGUGAUGCCGUCAUUAGAAACUCCGGGAGUGGAAUAAUCCCGAACGCUAGUUCCUUGUGCAAAGAAAUUGGAUUGUGAAAUAGCACUGUGGGGGCGGAGGCUGGCAUCUUUCUGCUUGAGCUUGGCUGAAGGGCCAAGAACUAAACCUCGAGGGCUUGAGGUAGUUUGAGGGAGAUUGGAGAUGAUUUAAUCCUCUCCUAUUCAAUUCACCUCUAACCGGACAAGUCCGAACAAGUCAUGAAGGGGCAGAGUCGCUGGAGUUCCGGUGCUUGACCUCUCGGCAUACAUUAAUGGUGUGGUGCUAGCGGAAGAUGGUUCUCCUAGACAUACUUUCUUCAAAGUUUCACCUGCGGAUGGUUUUGCAAUCUGUCAAAUUUUACUAGAGGACGGUUGACGGUACCAUAUUAUUACUCCCAUUGCCUGGGAUUUUUCCUUCAAAAUGUUAUGAUGAAGUCUGUCAGCCCUGUAGCUUAUAGCACUGAUUCAUAGGAGCCAUAGGUCUUCCUUGCUCGUUUCAUGGAAAUGAGACCCCGUUUGGUAAAGAUUAGUGCCUUUAUUUUUGUCCUAUUUAGUCUCUGAAUUGCCAAAAGGUGGGACUAAAACAUAAACAGAACUAUUUUAGUCUCUAGUCUCUCAAGGAGUGACUAAAAGAGAGUAAACCACAUAAAUUUCACCUUUUGUCUCUCCUUUAUUUUAGUUGUACUAAUAGUGUGAGAAUGCUAAAAGAUAUUUUGACACUCUUAUAUAUGUUUUGAAUACUUUUAGUCUCUACAAACAAACAGGGUAGAGACUAAACUUUA